AUGGAUGAAUGUGAUCAUCCCAUAAGGCUGGGGACAUUAUGUGGGGUAUGUGGGAUGGAAAUCCAAAAGGAUUCACACCUUUUCUGUGCACUAUACAAUACAGACAAUGUCAAGAUAACACAUAAGGAAGCUGUCUCAAUAUAUAAGGAGAAGAUUAAAACUUUAGAGAUGCAGAUGAAGUUGAUUCUGGUCUUAGACCUUGAUCAGACUGUUCUUCACACGGCAUAUGGAGCAUCUAGCGAAAAAGGGAUAGUGAGAUUUACAAUGGACGGAUGCAAGUACUCUGUAAAGCUAAGGCCCAACCUCAAGCGCAUGCUCCGAAAGGUUUCUAGGCUAUAUGAGAUCCAUGUGUACACUAUGGGAACGAGACCGUAUGCAGAAAGGAUAGUUAGGAUUAUUGAUCCCACCAGAAAGUAUUUUCAUGAUAGAAUAAUCACAAGGGACGAAAAUCAGGGGGUUUUAGUGAAGAGACUGAGUAGGUUGUUUCCGUAUAAUCACAAAAACAUAGUCAUUCUUGAUGAUAGGGCCGAUGUAUGGGAUUAUUGUGAGAAUCUGGUUCUAAUCAAGCCAUUCUGGUAUUUCAACCGCGUGGACAUCAACGAUCCAUUGAGGUUGAAGAGAAAGAUAGAAAAGGAAUCGGAAGAGUGCAAGGAGCUUGGAGACUCUGUGAGAAAGAGAAAGAAGGUUGAAGAGGUCGAAGACACCCAGGUUAUUUCAAAGCUGGAUGGGAUGGCACUAGAGUAUUCUUCUGGAGAAUCGUCAGUCCAGGAGGAUGCCAAAGGGGUGGGAGAAAGGAAGACAAAAGAAGGAUUUGAAGGUGAUAAUGAAUUGGUGAGGAUGGCAAGGUUCCUAAGAAAAGUUCAUAGGAAAUACUUUUCAAGCAAGCACAGAAAUGUGAAGAAGGUCCUAAGGAGAAUCAGAAAGAAAAUCUUCGACGGGGACCGAUUUUACGUUGUAGGGCCUACUAACAGAGUGUGGCUAAUGAAAGUGAUAGAGAUGCAUGGGGGAAUAAUAAGUGGACUUGGGAAUGAAGUUGAUUUUAUAGUUUCUUCUUGUUUGGAAGAAGCAAGAGAACUAGCGCAAAAGAUUGAAUGUGUUGUGGUGUCACCAAAGUGGAUAUCGGAUUGUGUGUAUUCUCUGAAAAGAGUUGGCCAUGGAAGAUAUGUUAUAUGCGAUUGCAGGGCCAAGGAUGAAUAUGAGGAGGAGCUUGAGAAGCUCUUUACAUAG